GAGAUUGUGUAAGGAAAGGAAAGGGCAAAAUCGGUGGCUGCCCACAAUACCCUUCACGUAUUUUUCUUCAACCAACAAAACGAAGAGGAAAGCCGAGGCCUCCUCCACCGCUGGACACCCGUUUCCUGAGAAGUCGGCAGCCGAGGAGGGAUGAAUAGGGAGAGAGGCGAUGGCGCCAUGUCUCCUUCUGACGAGAGAGAAAGGCAGCCGAGAUUGCGACCUUCUCUGUGUUGCAAUGCAGAACUCUGGAAUACUUGUUCAGUCUAAUAUCUGAUUUUUUUCCCUAUUGGGAAUAGAAUUUUGGGAUGGUAAUGCUUCAAGGCGCGAGGCCGGUGCGAGUUAGGCAUGAGCGUGUCAAGGCGUGCUACGCGUUCGGGCAUGGGUUUUCUUUUUAACUAAAGAAGUGUUGAUUGUUUUUCUCAUCGUUAUUCGGUCCUGCAAGCCGCAACCCCGUUCUCUCUCUCAACGGCCGAACAAGUCUUUUUCAUCCUUUACUAUCUUGCUGUGAAGACAUGGAAUAUGUUAGUCCAGAGGGUCUGCGUUUGGAUGGUCGGCGUGCAAUGGAGAUGAGGCAGCUUCGUGCAGAGAUGGGUGUUGUAGCAAAGGCAGAUGGCUCUGCUGCUUUUGAGAUGGGAAACACAAAAGUAAUAGCAGCUGUUUAUGGGCCAAGAGAGGUUCAAAAUAAAAGCCAGCAAGUCAAUGACCAGGCAUUGGUUCGCUGUGAGUACAGCAUGGCUAAUUUUAGCACUGGUGAUCGCAACAGGAGACCAAAAGGGGACAGGCGUUCAACAGAAAUUUCUUUGGUCAUCCGUCAGACUAUGGAAGAAUGCAUACUAACACAUUUAAUGCCUCGUUCUCAGAUUGACAUAUUUGUACAAGUUCUUCAAGCUGAUGGAGGAACCAGGUCUGCAUGUAUCAAUGCUGCAACAUUGGCACUCGCAGAUGCAGGGAUCCCAAUGCGUGAUUUAGUUACUUCAUGCAGCGCUGGGUAUCUUAACAGCACUCCUUUGCUUGACUUGAACUAUAUCGAGGAUAGUGCUGGAGGCCCUGAUGUGACCGUUGGAGUACUAGCGAAGCUUGAGAAAGUCACACUUCUCCAGAUGGACUCGAAAUUACCUAUGGACAUAUUCGAGGAUGUCAUGGAACUAGCAAUUGCUGGCUGCAAGGCUGUGGCUAAGUAUAUAAGGGAAGUGCUGCUGGAGAACACUAAACAGUUGGAACUAAGGAGGGGCAUAUAGGUGAUAACUGAAGGCACAUUCCAUUCCAAACAGUAAUGGAAGUGUAACAAGCUUGCUUCAUGGGUUUUUUACAUCCGUUUUGGAAUCAGCAGCCUGCCAGUAAAGAGUAGAACAACGAGAAUGUGCAUCCAUCUGUAAAAGUACAACAUUUUCUCAUGUUAAAUUCUUUUAGGUUGUUAGCUUCUCAUGUUUGACGUACUUCAUUGUAAGCUAGAUUGUUUUUGGCAUUAUUUAUGAUAUUAUAGUAUGCCAGAUGGAUGGUUUUAACUA